ACUAUUGGCGCCGUGACCACUGUACGAGAGCGGUAGCGGCUAGUAAACGCUCUCUGAGGGUUGGUGAUGGCUCUCGGUGGUGUUCGUUAGACCUGCCUGUGGCGAUUCCCGCCAGUCUUUGCUUCGUGUUGUGCUGGCUUGGAGAGCUUAUGGUUCUGUUUGUGUGAUUACGGAGUACACUUGGGGAGUAGAUGAGGAUUGGGUCAGGUCUCCUUUACCUCUCUGCGCAUUUCUGAGCGAGGCCUGCGGGCGGGGAGGCUUGUGCCUGUUCGGCGGGAUUCAAAAAACCUGCUUCCAUUGAGCUGAACAAAGAAGUGAGGGAAUCUGUCCUGUCUUCCGUUAUCACACGCUUGGAGAGCAAGACUUCUCCUUCACCGUGGGUGGCUGAGCUCGUGAAAGACGCACACCAUGUGGAUCCAAGUUCGUACCAUAGACGGCACUGAGACCCAUACUAUUGAUGAUCUGAGCCGUCUCACCAAGAUUGAAUGUUUGCGGGAGAAGAUCCAGAAGACCUUCUGUGUGAGCCCUGACCGCCAGCGCCUCUUCUACAGGGGCAAGCAGCUGGAAGAUGGACACACUUUAUUUGACUACGAUGUUGGACUAAAUGACAUAGUUCAACUGUUGAUACGCUCUGAAUCUGAAGCUCCUACCACUUCUGUGACAAAUCAGAGUGGAGAGGUCAAUCCAUGUGCUGUUUCCAAAUGUAAAAACAAAGUCAAAAUAGCAGCCAGUAGCAGAUCACCGAAUCAGCCAUCUACAUCAACUCACUUGUUUCUUAUAGAUCCUGGCAUUGGAUUGUACAAGAUAAAUGAAUUGGUGGAUGCCCGUGAUGUCAGCAUUGGAGCCUGGUUUGAAGCUCAUAUAGAAAAUGUUACUCGAGCAACAAAAGGACAAAAGAACGGUAAAGCUCAAGUAAAGAGUGGCAAUUCUUACAAAAGGACUAAUGGAAACUUAAGUCAAGAUCAUUCUAGAGAGAAUGCAAAUUAUUUGGACAGUACACCAUCCACAUCUUACUCAGACUGCAUGGACACCGAUGAAGAAGCUAUUUAUCAUAUCAAGUAUGAUGAGUAUCCAGAGAAUGGCAUAGUAGAAAUGGACACCAAAAAUCUUAGACCACGAGCAAGAACCAUUCUGAAGUGGAGUGAACUAAAAGUGGGUGAUGUGGUGAUGGUUAACUACAAUGUUGAGGCUCCAGAAGAAAGAGGAUUCUGGUUUGAUGCAGAAAUUACCUCUCUGAGAGAAAUUUCAAGGACUAACAAAGAAGUUUAUGCUAAAAUUCUACUGGGAGAACCAGAAGAUUCAAUAAAUGACUGCAGAAUCCUUUUUAUAGAGGAAAUGUACAAGAUUGAAAAGCCAGGAGCUUAUCCACUGACAUUUGGAGAUGGAGAUUUCAAAAGAAAGAGUGGCCCUGAAUGCAAGCACUGCCGGGCUGACCCAGAUAAGGAAUGUCGCUUUUGCUCUUGUUACUUGUGUGGUGGAAAACAGGAUGCUCACAUGCAACUCCUUUGUGAUGAAUGUAAUAUGGCUUAUCAUAUAUACUGCCUGAACCCUCCCUUAAGCAAGAUACCAGAAGAUGAGGAUUGGUAUUGUCCUUCAUGCAAAAAUGAUUCUAAUGAAGUUGUAAAGGCUGGAGAAAAACUCAAACAGAGUAAAAAGAAAGCAAAGAUGCCAUCUGCCAGUACUGAAAGCCAGAGAGACUGGGGCAAGGGCAUGGCUUGUGUUGGUCGCACUAAGGAAUGCACUAUUGUCCCUUCUAAUCACUAUGGUCCUAUACCUGGGGUCCCUGUUGGGACAACCUGGAAAUUCAGAGUACAGGUGAGUGAAGCAGGUGUUCACAGACCCCAUGUUGGUGGAAUUCAUGGGCGCAGCAAUGAUGGAGCUUAUUCACUUGUACUAGCUGGAGGAUUUGAAGAUGAAGUGGACCGAGGAGAUGAAUUUACUUAUACUGGGAGUGGAGGUAGAGAUCUUUCUGGAAAUAAAAGAAUUGGAGAACAUACAUUUGAUCAAACAUUAACACACAUGAACAGGGCAUUGGCCCUUAACUGUGAUGCUGCAUUGGAUGAUAAAAAUGGAGCAGAGUCUAAGAAUUGGAGAGCUGGUAAGCCAGUUCGAGUAGUACGCAGUUCAAAAGGACGACGGAUCAGUAAAUAUGCCCCAGAGGAAGGCAACAGAUAUGAUGGUAUUUACAAGGUGGUAAAAUAUUGGCCAGAAAUUGGGAAAUGUGGGUUCUUAGUUUGGCGCUAUCUUCUGAGGAGAGAUGAUAUUGAACCCGCACCUUGGACUUCAGAAGGGAUGGAACGGUCAAAGAAACUGGGUCUGAGUGUACAGUAUCCAGAAGGUUAUUUGGAAGCCAUGGCUAGUAAAGAGAAAAAGGAUAAGUUUAAGAAGCAAACUAUGAAACAGGAGCCAACUAGCCGGAGUAAUGGAAACCAGAAAAGGACAAUUGAUGAUGGUAUAGAGGAGACUAAAAAUACAUCCAAAGCCAUGAGAAUGGGAGAUGGAGGUAAAGGAGAGGCUUUCCAACUGACCCAGCAACAGCAGUGGCUGAUUAAAGAAGACUGUAUGAACCAGAAAUUGUGGGAUGAAGUACUUGCUUCUCUUAAGGAAGGACCAAAUUUCCUGAAGAAAUUGGAACAAUCUUUUAUGUGUGUCUGCUGUCAGGAGCUGGUUUACCAGCCAGUGACAACGGAGUGCCUCCACAACGUCUGUAAAAGCUGUUUACAGCGCUCUUUCCGAGCUGAAGUCUUUACCUGUCCUGCCUGCCGCUAUGACCUUGGAAAGAGCUACACCAUGGUUCCUAACAAGAUAUUGCAGACACUACUUGAUCAGUUCUUCCCUGGUUACAGCAAAGGACGAUGAUGUGUUCACAUCCUUUCAUACUUCUCCCAUUGACUUUAUAGACAGUAAAGGAGAAUAAAUAUCUGAAAGUCAAUAGUAAAACAGCCAGCUUGAUGGAAGUGAAUCUAUUGUCACCUUUUGAAUCAGCUAAUCCUCUUCCUCCUCAUCGCCAUCUUUCUUCAUGUAGUGAGAACUCUAAAUCUCUGCUGUCUUUAACAUCAAAGGUAGUUUUGGUGAGCUGACAAAGAAUUUUUAAAGGGAGGAAAAAAAAACCCCAAACCAGAAGCUUUAGGUCUAAGUGGUGAGUUCUAACUGGUGCUUAAGUUAUGAUUUGUUUUGGUAACUACCUCAAGUAGAGGAAAACAAAUUAUGGGGAGAAAAAAUAGUAUAUACAGUUUUAGCUACCCACUGUUUUCUUAAUUUUACUUGUGUCUAGUCUAUGUGGUUUGAUUCAACAGAAAAAGCCAAAAAACCCAAACACCCAAAAUAAAACUACAAAAGAAACCCAGCACUUAAGUCAGUUGGAUUAAAGAACAGCAAAACCUGUGGUGUACAUAGUCCUUUUUUUGUCUUUCUUCCAUUACAGUGUAUUUUUUUGCAAGAACAGUCUGACUUUUAGUCUAUUUUUGUGAGCUUCACUGUGCUUUUUCUUGUAUCUUAUGCAAGCUAACUACUAAGGACUAAUGAACAAUAUGAAUGCAUAGUUGCUACAGUAGUGUAAAGUGAUCUGUGGUUUUUUGCACUUAGAUAUUCAAGACAUUAGUUGUGUACAAAAAUUUCAUAUUAAAAAGUGCCACUUUUGUAUUAGCUUAAAAUGUAUGCUUUUACUAGGUCUUGUAUCAGUGGCAAUAAAUCUAUACAGCAUUGAAGACAGUGCUAGCUUGAAAAGGGUUUAAAUUGCUUCAUAUAGUGACUUGAAAUUUUAUAUAUAAUAAAUCCUCCCAAAAUAUACAUUAUUAAAUAUUUUAUGAUUCAGAAAUGUUGCUAAUUUUGUGGGGUUUAUAUUAACCAAACUUGUCAAAUUAUGACAUUUAAAAUUAAGACACUUUUUUCAGACUACAGUGUAUUUCCUUUAGGCAGGCUUCUUAUUCUACAAACUUGAAUCUUCAUAUACCUUAAUUCAUUCAUCAAGAAAACAGAAGAAUGUUUGCUUAAACGAAUUUCUAAGCUACUUUUCCCCCCCCCAACCAUGCCUUAAGAAAAAUUCUAACCUGAUUCAGGGUCUUACAUAUCAGAGAUAUAUUUAUCUUGUAGCAGUGCUUGUGCUACAGGUACAGCUAUUCAGGCCUAUGCUUGAGACAAGCACAAGUAGCCCUGGCUCUAUAUAUCAGAGCAAGAGUCCUGGGACCUGCUGCAGGAGAGAGCUCUUCUUUCCCAUUAGCAUUGUGUGUUGUGGGAUCCCAGCACAGUGAUCGGUAAAAGGGUUGUCUAAGUAGUCAUGGGGUGAUACUAACAGUGUAUAGUGUACAAAGGAGAUAUGCCAUGAUGUUGGAGGGAAAUAACAACUAGAUAUUAUUUUUUGUGUCAAUUCUCAUUUCAGACCUUUGAAAUACUAUUUAUUGUUUACUAUUAAAUAUUGUUUGAGGCUGCAUUAUAUCAAUAAGGUAUUAUCUUUGAUUUGUUAAUAGUUUUAUGUAAAGUGAUAAUUCCAUUUUGAGUGCUUGUCUACAUGUACAUUCAUAUUGGAGAAGUAUGUGCACAUUUAUGAUGACAUUCUCUGAUUCAAAACCUUGCCUUCACCUCUAUAAUGAAUCAGACACAUGUAUGUAAUUGCUUUUUUUAAAAUUUUUUUUCCCAGUUAGUUUUAGCCAAAGAAUUUCAGUUACACUGUAUUAAUGCAUAACGCUUUAAUGUUGGGAGCAUCUUGAAUCACAUAAUAUUGAAGACAUGCAUUGUUGAACAACUCAGAAGUUAAAACUUCAGCUUUUGAUCUUUUUCUAUACUUAUUAGGAAAUGAGGUUUCAGGCACUAUGCAACAACUGUAUUAAUAUUAAGCAUAUAGUUUGAGUACUGUAGACUGUUUCCUCAGUCCAUAGAUUUCCCAAAUUGUAACCCAAUGCUUUUUAUGGCAAAAAUUAUACCUUUGUGAUCAACACAUGCAUCUGUGUAAUAUGCACCUACCAAAAGUCUACAGUAUUUUAUACCUUUUAAUGGCCUUUGAAUUGGUAAAAAGCUACCAAACUGAAUUGGUGAGGUAAGAUUCUAUAAAUGCACCACUUAAUUAGAAAAGUCUUAUCAAAACUGCUUUGGAAAGAGCAGCUUUUAAUCUAGAUUCCUGAGUCUUAAAAUGAGGUUGGCAACAUUCAUCAAAACACACAAAUAUCUAGAAAAUAUAAAUCGGAACUAUUCACCUUCUCUGUUAAAUGUUUAGCAAGAAACUGUUCCAACUAUUAACUUUUAUUUUUCUUAUUCAUAAGAAUUAGUGACUCUUGAUUACUAGAGAACCUAGUUUUUUCCAUAGUCUAUAUUAAUUCAGUGAGUUUACUUUUAAUGUACCAUUUGUCACAAAGUUUAAGGCCAACUGUAGGAAGUUCCUAAAUUAUUUUAUGGUUUUGGCUUAACUAUUUUUUUCAGACCAUUUUAAUGGUUUAAGCACAAUUGUUUGUAAUGAACAGAUUGACAAGAUUUUGCAUAGUUAGUGGCAAUUGCAAACACAUCCACUGCUUUCACCUGUAUUAAAAGUCUGGUUUGUAGUAGUAUUUCGUAAUUUUGUAAACCCUUAGUGCUAUACUGAUGACUAUUAAAUGUCUUUUUCAAUAUUAUUGAAGAAGUCUAAAAUUUUCUAAUGCUGAAUCUCCCUCUGUAUACAACAAUGGCUUGUCUGUUUCCUGUUACUUUCAUAUGAUGGUGCAACUUCUGUCAAAUUAAAUUCCCAUUGGAAGUCACUAAGUAUGUAAUGAAGAAUUGCAACUACAAAACCUUUACCAUAAAGGACACAAAAGUAGAAUAGCUAAAAUAGCUUUAUUAAUACAAACCUCAUUUUUGUCACUUCAAAGAAAGUCUACAGGCAUUCAUGUGCCUGUAUACCAUAAAGUUCUAGAGGUUAUUGUUUAUAUGAUGUAAAAUUGUGCAGUCAUUUCUCUACUCUAAAUACUACUACAGUACAUAUUUCCUGAUCUGCAACACUACUACUUUAUGUAGUGACAGACUAACUCAGCUACAAAGGAACUCGAUUGAACUCAAGUAUCUGCACAGACAUGCCAGAAAACCUCUUGUGUUCCUUUCAAAUACUCUACAUUGGUGUCUUGAUCAUAAAGUUAUCACAUAUAAAGUCUAUCCCACCAACUAUAUGGACUGUCUCAGAAGCCAAAUUGUUAUAUAAACUGAUUGAUGGGAACAGAUGGGAAGACGUUCCUGUUCAAGGUUUCAGUCUUGGCCACUUUUUACUUCUACAUGGCAUUAUGUAGAGCAAUAGGAGUCUGAUCUCAAGUGCUCAUUCAGUAUUCCUGGAGGGCCAGAGCUUAAGUUCUGAAGCCAUCUUAAGCAAGCUAUAGUCCAUGUAAUGAAAAAAGGCAAGUUGAGCAUGCUGUCUAAACCAGAGUCAUUAUUCAAAUGAAGAGGUCUGAAAAAAUGCAUGUAAAAAUAUUGUACUUUUGUUAGAUGAGAUUUAACUCAGAAUAAGAAGUUCAAUUUCAGUAUUUGUAGAAAAGCUGUUUCAUACUUUACCUGGAUUAGAAAGAGAGGUUUAUAUGGAACUAUAAGGAAAAAAUUAUGUGAUACUUAAAAAGAUAGGUUUGACACUCAGUAAAAACUGAACAUUGUAGCUUGUGGGGGAAAACCCACAGAUCUUUAAUAUUACAUUCUGCCAGUAUUUUACCUUGUGUAGAACCUACUGCUACUGUGGCAGUUCUGAAAAAUCAGAACUGAAGUAUCAAACAAAAAAGGCAUAAAGAUUUUAUACUUCUGUUAGCUAAAGAUUAAAAGUUGGAGUUCAAAAGAUGACAUGCUUAAUUCUGGCUGACUUUUUUGGAAUUUGGUAGGUAAAGCAGGUAAGAAAUAUCAACACUAGCAAUGCUAGUGGUAAUACGUGUAUUAAAUAAUACAUCUGUCUUUAGAAAAUAAACAAUUACUGCUGUGGUUGAUAUUCAUUACUAUUGCCUUAUGAUGCAUCUGGAAUAAAAAGGUUUGCAUCCUGCAAAGGAGUGGGGAGAGGGUUCAGGGUUCACCUAGAUCUCAAUAAAAAAGGCCUGACGACAAAUGGCUUAAUAAAAUAGCUGUUUUAAUAAGAUAGAAUAACAAGAGGAAUACAGAUAGUAAAUCUUACAUGCCUUCAAAUGCUGGAAACCACAGUUCAUGCAGCAUCAGCUCAAUCCUCGAUGGAUUUUCCCACAGCAUGCUGGGCAGAUCCCGUCCAUGGAAAGGUUCCUCUUUUUUGGUCAUUCAAGCUAUUAUAGGCUUUUCUUACCAUCAAACAGGAAGGGUGUUCGCAUAAAGGCUUCCUGCUGCACUUUUAGGUAAAGGCAAGGCCAUGCAGGUGGCUUAAUCACUGGUACCAAGUGGGAACUGUGUGCAGGAUCCCAUUACAAUGAGCUGGCCAAGUUUAUCCUGCAGGCAAGGGAUUUGUGAGGCACAACACAGGCCUAAAAGCCAUGAUGUGCUGCUGUGCAGCUCAGCACAGCACAGGCCUGGGCCUACUCAGGUUAACUGUUAUGUGGAUCACUAACUCCUUGAUGUACAGUGGUGUCCUGGUCAGGAUAACUACAUUCCACCCCUUGAUUCACAUACAGUUUACCUUUUCCAAAGAUAUUAUAAGUUACAGAUUAUAUUAGUAACAUACAGGCUUCUCAAGCCCUAAGUACAAGGCCCAAUAGAGAAGACAUGGCUUGUUCAAGAUAACUAACUUGAAUACAUUGUCUUCCGCAAGGGUCCCAGUGCACACACCACUUUGAAAACGAUGUUGAUAAUUAAAGUUUUAGCACAAAGGACAUAAAAACAUGCAUUUGAGGCAACCUUAACAUCAACUACUAUGGAAAAUGAGUAUUGAACCAACUUGGGUUUUUUUCAUCUAAUAUACUGAUUGUAUUUACGUUAUCUAAGCAGGGAUUCUGUUAAUAAAUACAAAGAUUACCAGAAAUAUAUACAGUAUAUACAUCACCUAAGCAUGUCUGGGGGAGAAAGCCAUCCUGGUAGACUGAAUUAGGUGAAUCCAGACAGUUGGAAGCAAUAUUAUGAAGAUGCUCUCUUUUGUUUAGAAUAGACUUUUACUGGUGGGUAAGUGCAAACCAGAUGUUUAUCUCCAUACUUGUAAUCAAUGCAGGUCAAAACUUGUUUUCAGAUUUCAAAAAUGGCUAGCACAAAAAAAAAAUAUAAUUGACUAAUUAUUUUAACUCUUAUAUCACUCUCCAAUUAUCCCAAAUCUGGGUUCUUAACCUGGUAUGCAAGAGCUGAUCCACACACAGAGCCCAGAUAUUUGUUUAUUGCAUGUCUGCACAGAGAUGGUUAAUUGUUUGUAAAGCUUUAUGUAAAAUGUGAAUUUUGUUUCCCAUAGGAAGGCAUAUACCCAGUUGUUAGCACCAGUUUGGUACACAUUUGGUUUUGCUAACUGACUUAUUGGCAUUUUGACUUUGGAAUCCCUCUUAUACUAUUGAUAAUGGUAAAAUGGUAUUGCAUAUGGUGUUUUCAACUGUAAUAGUUAUGAGUGUUAUCUGUGUGAUUUUUGUAGGUCUGUUUUGUUUUAAAUGUGCUAAGUGUGACUGUGGGAUCGUGUGUGUGUGUGUGCGCGUGUGUGAGAGACCUACGAAUAGUAGGAAGCAAGUGCGGAGCUCUGAUCUGUGGUUCUGUUAUCCUGCAAGGGAAACAGCUGGAGAAAGGAUAAGUGAUUAAUAAGUGUGGGGACCUGAAGUGUUCAUCACAUCCAGAAAAUAAUUGCAGACCUCUGUUCAUUUUGGAAUGUAUGUGGUGUGAUCAGAGGAUGUGGGUCGAGUUUUAGCUGUUGUGUUUACAAAAAUUGUCAGCUCUGUGUUUAAGUGUUUGAGUCUUAGUCCCUGUCCUUGUGUUAUAUAAAUUUCAGAAUGGGAAACUAACAGAGUGAGGUUUUGAAAAGGAGCCCUUUAGGCUGUAUUCUGGCUCAUUGGAAAGAUAUCAGGGGACCACCUGGAGGGAGUGUGAACCAUAAAACUGAUAAAAUGUUGCAAUCAGCGAUGGCCUUUAUAUAAGUUAGAUGAUGGAGAAAAAUGGCCUUUAAACGGAACUCUGAAUUAUAAUACUGUUACAACUUAUGCUAUUUCUAAGAUGAGAAGGCAAAUGGGAUGAAGUGAUUUAUGCAGAUAUGUUCUUUACUCUGUGAAAUCACCCAGAGUGGCAAAAGGAAUGUAGAAUUACUUUAGCACCCCAGGACCCUGUGGUCCUGGUGUUAGAAAAAGAGAAAAAUAAGAAUGUGAAGUUAAAAAGAUGUUGCUUGGCUUGUAGCAUUGGUCAAACAUGUUUAAAGGUUGGUUUAGGAUAUGUUGGAUGUGGUGUUUAGUGAGUUAGAAAAGCAGAUGGUUGUAAGAGAGGCCAGAAAUUAUAUCAGAAGAAAGUUACAGAAAGUGCAAGGAGUGGAUUCGAAAGAUUUGGAGAAAUUGUUGGAGGUUGCAUGGCAAGUGUACGGGAGUGAAGAUAGUCAGAAGGAGAGAACAAUGGGCAGGAAUGCUACAGUGGCUGCUUUGCACACCGCGGGAGGCUGGGUGCUCCCUCAAAACCCAUCAGGAGGCAGCACUGGUGGAGGGAGAGAGGCUGCGAGAUGUGGUGUAGGUGCUCCACCUAAGGGAAAUUGAGCACAACUGAUAGAUCAGUGUGCUUAUUGUAAGCAAAUGGGGCAUUAGAAAAAGGAUUGCCCAAGACUGGGCAAGUUGGUGAUGGUUGCUGAUGUGGAAUCUGAUUGACAGGGACCUGGGGAAUCUACCCAAGUGGAUCCACUGGUCAAAAUAAAGCUGGGACCAAAGAUGAUGAAAUAGAACUUCUGGUGGAUACAGGGACAUCUUAUUCAGUAUUAAACCAAGACUUAACUCCAUUGGGUCAUGAACAUGUAACAGCUGUAGGGGCUACUGGCUGUUAGGGUCUGCAGCGGGUCUGCAGACAAGUUAGUUGACUUCAAAGACUUAGUCGUGUACCUUUAAGACAGCCACAAAUUGUCAGGUAUGUAAGCAGGAUGUGAAGAAUCGGAACUUAGAACAGCAGCAUACGGGCACCUACAGCAACAGCAAAUAGCAAGCAAGAAGAAGGACACAAAAACCUAUCAGGGUCUGACACCUGCACUGUCUAAGAUAUAUAAAUAGUUUGUAUAAACAAUAAAGGCCAUUUUGUCCGAACCCA